AUGCGGGUGACUUUGGUGCUCAUCUUGUUAGGAAUCGUGACCAUUUGGCUACUUUGUGUGGGAUUAAUCUGGCACAUGAGGGUGAAUCGAGCGGGGUCUUUCAAAGGAGAUGCUGCUGCUGCUAGAAAAGUGAUCUUGCCAGCCUAUGAACCUGUUUUAUUCGUCCUGGCCAUUUUAAACGGCGCCUACAUCAUCUUCCUGAUAGUGACACUCGCAACAGACUACUAUGACGUGCUCGUCUCUCCCCUCAUACUUGAAUCGUUCUACGCCGGUAAUCAAUUCAUGUUCGUGAUUGUGCUGGUUCUAAUGUUCGAGAAAAGUUUGUCGUUUCCAGCCGUCAAACGCGCUGUAGGAUUGUCGUUUCUACUGUCGUACUACACUAUGCUUUACGUCUGGGUAGUGACGCAUUUCGGGCGUCCAAGUCAACAAAAGACGUUUGCAAUCGGCCUCCAAUUUGUCCGCGGACUGCUAAUGCUACCAUUUGUGUACGCGUUCGUCCAACCCCCAAGUCGAGCCACGAAGCGCAUCAUUCGGGAGUUAUGCUUCGUUACCAUUGUGUACUUCCUACUUACAGUACUACUGAUGAUACUCAUCAUGAAUCCGAAAACGGUCGAGCAAAGCCGCUAUGUCGUCUACGUCAUGCUAUCGUGGGUAGCUUUUUGUCCACUAAUUGUCUGGCGCGUGUUAAAAGCGGAUACCGAGUAUUGGCAUGGACUUGGACAGCGAGCUUGUGCUCUCCAGAACUAUUUUCAACGGGAGAAUGGCUUAAGUGAACACGUCACUUCCGAGGGCUUGCACGUGCUCAUUGAAAUGAACCGAAUGGGUUCAAAGUCGACGGUGUUUCAAGGAACUUAUAAGAUGAAAGCUCAAGUCGCUGUAAAGGCGUAUGUGCCUUCAAGCUGUUCCGAUGAUAUCGUAGCAGCUUUUUCUCACGAAGCAGCCAUGUGCAGUGUCCUGAACCACCCCAACAUCGUUAGAUUCCAUGGAAUGUGUGUAGCCCCUCCUACAAUUUGCCUUGUUAUUGAUCAAAUGCUGGAUGCAGGUCGUGCUGUAGCUUAUCUCCAUAGCUUCUCACCUCCAUUUGUCCAUUGCAACAUUAAGCCGUCAAGUUUCCUUGUGGAUUCGGAAUGCAAUGUACAAUUAUCGGACUUUGGGGAAGCCAGAAGUGUGACUAAUCUGAAAAAAAGAACGCUAUUAUCAACGUCAAAGAUGCCCAUUCUUGAAGAUACCCACUUUUCACUCGAGACUGCAAUUGGUUCACCGAUGGAAACAACACUAUCUCAUAUCGACUCACCUUGGAGCUUACAGACGGAGAAAUAUUCGGCAGAGUAUACUGCACUGGAGAUCAUUGAGAAGAGGGAUGAGUUUGAUGUGCAUGGAGUAGCGGCUUAUGUUUAUUCGCUUGCAAUGACGAUGUGGGAUAUCUUACACCCUGGCGGUGACAGAUUCCCGCAAACCAACGGGGACCAUGCACAGGUAACGCAAGAAAUCUUGCAUGGCUUACGUCCCAGACUGGAUGACAGCACGCCUCCCAGAUUACGCGGCCUCAUUGAACGGUCCUGGUCUCAUGAUCCUGGUCUUCGUCCAUCAGCAAAACAAAUUGUCAAUGCUUUGGAAGAUAUUCAGGAGGAAAUGUGCGCUCGACUGGUUCUCGAAUUACUGAGUGAUUUGAUCGAGUAUCCGUCCGCUGCGAGUGGGUCGAGUAUUAGAUUGACGGAAGUGCAUCGAGCUCACACCCUUCCCGGGGCAUUCAUUGUUGAUCGCAUGGUUGAGCGGCGGCUCGUAAGUUGUUCGGCCGAGGCAAUUCGCAUGGGCAACGCAUUUAUGGAUUCCAGCUUUCUUCACCACCACAGCUCAGUCUACCGUCUCAGCUUGAGAGAUCCGUGA